AUGUGUAUGAUGAAAAAGGCUCAAGAACGUGUCGAGCAAUUAGAACAACAACACAUGCCGUCUGUCUCUUGGAUUAUUCAUGAUCUUAAUGAUAAUAAUGAAUUAUCAAUUAAUGAUUCAUCGGUUGAUGCUGUUAUCAGUACUCUUGUUAUCGAACAUAUUGCAUCACUCGAACAAUUUUUCAAAACUAUAUAUAGAAUAUUAAAAAAAACUAAUUAUAGUUGGGUAUUUAUCACAGCUAUGCAUCCCAAUAUGUAUCAAGCUGGUUCACAAGCUGGUUUUAUUAUUGAUAAAAUAACUGGUGAUAAAUUAUGUGGAAUAUCUUUUGAUCAUUCUAUUGAACAUAUCAUUGAAACAGCAGCCAAAACUGGUUUAAAAUUAAUAAAAUAUUGUGAGAAAGGAGUGGAAAAUGAAGAACAUGCAACAAACUUAGGUUCUCGAGCUAACAAAUGGAUAGGAAUAAAUAUUCAUGCUUCUUUUCUCUUCAAAAUUCAAAAUAAUGAAAUAUAA